GUAAACAAGAUGCAACUCGGACACUUAUUUAGGAACAAAACAAGCCUCAAGUCUAAAAUACUUCGAAGAAAGAAGGCUCUCAUUUAUUUGUGCUCGUGGUUUUGCAACUUCGAAAGACGAAAACGGGGGSUUGCGCGUGGAAAUAUUUGGGGAAGAAAAAUUGGAAAGCGUGUGCUGUCCGUGUAUUUGUGUGUGCUCAAGUCCACAAGUUCCCGAAGAUCUUUUGGCGCCAGCUCCAGAAUGCAAAUGGGGAAGUGGCGAAGCACAUCAAAAUCCCAGCUGUGUGCCUCCCAAAAAUGACUGGUCUUGUUUACCAGCGUGUUCUCUCUCCUAUGGGAAACCCCCACGCGUCGACCAUUAGGAACCGUAGAUCCAGAAAGCAAGAUAAAAAAGAAUAAAUCCAACGUACCGUUUGAUUUAGAAUACRAACAACAACGACUAUCGUUACAAUAUCACAAAAAAAUAGACACCAUGGCUCAUCUUCUAUCUAAAAGCGUCAAGCAACUUGUCCGCAAGGUAUGCAAAAUUAAAUCUGUUUGUGUUUCAAUAGUAUGCAAAACUGAAGUUUAAGAAAAGAAUGCAUCGAUCGGUCAUGGCUCAAACGUUGACCGCUGUCAAUUCUGUCGUCUCGUAUUUUUCGUCCUAAAGGCUCCUAUCGGAAAGAGUUUCCGAAGUGUGACCACACUCCAGGAGACAUUGGCGGCCCAGGUUCCCGAGAAGCAAAAAUCCCUCGCCGCUUUGAAGAAAGAACAUGGAAGUGAAGUGAUCGGAGAAGUUACCAUCGACCAGUGCAUCGGCGGUGCCCGUUCUGUGAAAUGUAUGUUAUGGGAAACUUCCAACUUGGAUCCUGCCGAAGGUAUUCGAUUCCGUGGAUUGACAAUCCCCGAAUGCCAAGCUGUCCUUCCCACAUACUCUGGUGUUACCGGUGACGGCGAACCACUCUUGGAAAGUCUUUUGUGGUUGCUUUUGACGUCKGAAGUGCCAACCAAGGAACAAGUCGACUCCCUUACUGCUGAAUUGCAUUCCCGAGCCGAGCUUCCCGAACACGCCAAAAAUUUGAUCAACAGUCUGCCAAAGGAUAUGCACCCCAUGACUCAAUUGAGCAUUGGUUUGAAUGCUUGCCAGACCGAGUCGAAAUUUGCGAAGGCCUACGCCGACGGCGCACCCAAGACCGAGUACCACCACCAUGCACUGGAGGAUAUUCUUGGUGUGAUUGCUGUUUUGCCAGAAAUUGCUGCUAUGAUCUACCGAAAUGUUUACUUCGAUGGAGUCGUCACCAAGGACACCUCUUUGGAUUAUUCUGGAAAUUUCUGCCGCAUGCUUGGGUACGACGAUCCGUCGUUCGACGAGCUCAUGCGAUUGUAUCUUUGCAUCCACACCGAUCACGAAGGAGGAAAUGCAUCUGCGCACGCAACCCAUUUGGUUGGAUCCACCCUUUCUGAUCCUUACCUCGCUUAUGCCGGUGGAUUGAACGCACUUGCCGGACCUCUUCACGGUUUGGCCAACCAGGAAGUCCUCAAGUGGAUCCAAGACCUCAAGGCCAAAUUCGAAGCUGAAGGAAAGCCAGUGACMGCCGAAACCAUCACCGAAUUUGCCUGGGAUACUUUGAAUGCCAAGAAGGUGAUCCCCGGAUACGGCCAUGCUGUUUUGAGAAAAACCGAUCCCCGAUACACCUGCCAACGAGAAUUUGCCUUGAAACACAUGCCGGACGACGAAUUGUUCAAUGUUGUUAACACUAUUUACGAGGUCAUGCCCGRCAUCUUGAAAGAACACGGAAAGGUUGCCAACCCGUACCCAAAUGUUGAUUCACACUCUGGUGUCUUGUUGUGGCAUUAUGGAUUUACUCAAUUCCAAUAUUACACCGUCUUGUUCGGAGUGAGCCGAGCCGUCGGUGCCCUUUCUCAGUUGUACUGGGACCGUGCAUUGGGUUUGCCAUUGGAGCGUCCUAAGAGUGUCACUCCCGAAUGGUUGUGGUCUCAAGUAAAGAAGGAUUAGGGCUUCUCAUCGACUGAAAUUUUUGGAAUGAUACCAGCAGCAAUUUACACCACAGCAUSUCCUGCGAGUAACCGCCAAACUACCUGGGCCUGACGAAGGGAGAGAACAAAUCACAUUCAAAGCUGCUAAUUUAUUUAAUUUGCUUCAUGUUUGAGAAAUACAAUAGUGACAACUUA